AUGAAUGAAUCCAUUAAGUCCAUUCAUAAAGACAUUUCCAAAGCAGCUCAGACGUCAACAAUGCUAGCAGAACUGUUGAAAAAGAUUCUUUCGACCGAACAUUUUACUGAAUUCAAACUCAACGUGAAACAAGGUUACGAAGAUAUUUACAACAAAGUGACAAUGAUGGAAAUGCGACGAUUUGAUGCUCUUAUGCAACCACACAUGGAUGGAUUGAAUAUUGAUGUUGAAAGAUGGAUUAUUAAUCUGACCAAUCUACAAUUACCUUGGUAUGUGCAAAACAUUUUAGCUUUAGGUGACAAAUUCAAUAUACCAGUUAAGAAUGACAAAAUUGCCACUGAACAGUUUAUUGCCAAUCUGGAACCUAAAUUUCAAAAUUUGGGUAAAAAGUACAGGGUGGAGCUAAGAAACAAAGUUUGUAAUGUUUUAACCAACUUUAAAAAGUCACCCACAAAGCACACGACGUUAGACGAGAUUAUCAAGUCCAAUCAUGUAGCGACGAAAUCCUUUUUGGAACAACACCCUCAACUGAUAGUGUUGAAUGCAGACAAAUGCAACGUGACAGUAUUGAUGGACAGAAGCGACUACGAUGUCAAGAUGAACAACUUGCUCAACGAUAGAAAAACGUAUUUGCCUUUAGACCGUGAUCCGACGUCAUCGAUUGAAGACAAAGUCAAUAAACUGAUUACGCACUGGCAGGACGAACUUUUCAUUACUGAAGGGCAAGGAAAAUGGUAUCGACGGUACAAUUCCAUAUGCUCUAAAAUGUAUGGAUUGAUCAAAGUGCACAAAGAUGGAUAUCCAGCGAGACCGAUUGUAGCCAGCAUUGGUUCCCCGACGUACAACCUGUCAAAAAUGUUUUCGAACAUUUUAAAAAACGUUGUUGGCAAAUCAUAUAGAAGUGCAAAGAAUGCGUCUGAAUUGGCAAAAAAGUUAAGAAAAAUUAGACUACCACCGAAUUAUGUUUUAAUUUCGUUGGACGUUGUUUCACUGUUUACCAACAUUCCGAAAAGUCUCGUCAUAUCAGCGAUACACAAACAAUGGAGCAAAAUCAGAAAAUUUACCACGUUACCGAAAGACGAAUUCAUUGUUGGCGUUACUAUGGUCCUCGAUGAAUGCUGUUUUCAAUACAACGGUAAAUAUUAUCGACAGCUAUUUGGCUCUCCGAUGGGCUCACCAGCAAGUCCGGUUUUUGCUGAUUUGGUAUUAGAAAUUUUGGAAGACGAAGUCAUACGAAAGCUGAAAUUCAAAUUACCAUUCUACGUACGAUAUGUGGACGAUAUUUUAACAGCAGUUCCUGCUGACAAAGUUAAUGAAAUUAAAACAACGUUCAACAGCUACAAUCAACAUAUACAAUUUACUGUAGAUGUAGAACGAGAUCAAAAAAUUUCAUUUUUGGAACUGUGGUGUAUUAGAGAUGGUCGUAGCAUUAAGACUGAUUGGUAUCACAAAGACACUUGGUCCGGACGUUAUUUGAAUUUUAAAUCUCAUUUGCCAACUGCCUACAAACGCAACACAGUCACACUGCUAGCAGAGAAGAUUCUUCUAUUGUCUGAACCCGAGUUCCACAACAAAAACUUUGAAUUGCUGAGAGAAACUUUAGCCAAGAAUAUGUACCCGAAUGGUUUGGUUGAAUGUAUGAUCAAAAAAGCACACGAAAAGUUUACAAAGAAUGGAGAUGUGAAACCGAUCAAAGAGAAACUCCCGAUAGCUGCCGUACCCUAUGUUAAAGGCCUGUUUGAGAAACUGAAAGCCAUAUGCAAGGAUGACGUCAUGCUGGUUGGAAAAGGCGACAACACGUUGAAGAAGUCUAUUUUUAGUAGACUCAAAGAUCCGACGCCAAAGUUACAUUGUUCACAUUUGGUGUACUGUAUUCCCUGUUCGUGCGGGUACAAAUACGUUGGCCAGACAUUACAGCUUUUGAAGGACAGAAUCUAUCAACAUAAGUACAACAUAAGCAUUAAGAACAGUAACCACAGUGCCUUAUGUGAUCACGCUAUUACGAACAAUCAUACACCGUUGUGGGAUAAAGUUAAAAUUGUUGUUCGUGAAAGUCAGCAGAAGAAAAGAGACAUUUUAGAGAUGAUUGCGGUGAAGAAGACACCGAAUUGUCUGAAUAAACACACCGAUUGUAUAAUGUUAUCUACUGCCUAUAAUAACGUGAUUUGA